AUGCUCACUAAAGUGAGGAGCGAAUGUUACCCUUUGAUAAACCCCUUCUGGCACGAGAAUGCAAACAUCACUGAUUCACACAGGCAGCUUUUGUACAUGCAUGGAACAUUUGUCAUCCUGAUGCCCCUCAGCCUGAUAUUGAUGAUUUUUGGAGGAAUGACUGGAUUCAUCAGUAUUCUUGCCAGGGCCUACCUGCUGCUUCUAAUGACGGGACUGCUUUUUCUUUUUGGAGCUCUUGUUACACUUACUGGGAUCAGCGUCUAUAUUGCAUAUUCAGCUGCUGCCUUUGAAGAAGCUGUCUGCCUCCUGAGGAGUAAGGAUCUCCUGGUAGAAAUCGACAUCAGGUUUGGCUGGUCGCUGGCACUAGUCUGGAUCUCCUUUGUCGCUGAAGUGCUCACUGGGGCUGUGUUUCUCCUGGCAGCAAGAGUUGUGGAUCUGAAACAGCGACGUGAACAGGCAUUAUGA